GUUCAGCCUGAGCAGACAUGCACAGUCGAACUCAGAGCACCCGAUAGCGGAAGUGACGCAAUGCGGAAGUGGCGCUUUUAAAUAUUCCCCGCGACAAUGGCGUAGAGCUGUACAACCGAUCAAAGAUCAAAGAAGACGGUGUACAGAAAGAUAUAGCUGAUUCUGAGACCCAACACCAUGACAACAAAGAGACUGGCAAAGGAGUUGGGGUUGAUCAGGAAGCGCACAACAUCCUCCAGCUCACUCACACACACACCUGCUUCAAAUCAGCUUUUCUCGUAUCUGAUCAUUAUAGACUUUGAGUCGACAUGCUGGAAGGAGAAGAACAGCUAUGGACAGGAGAUCAUUGAGUUCCCUGCUGUAUUGAUGAACACACACACAGGACUGAUAGAGUCUGAGUUCCACUCGUACGUCCAGCCGCAGGAGCAUCCACAUCUCUCCUCCUUCUGUACAGAACUCACCGGUAUCACACAGGAGCAGGUGGAGGCGGGGCUUCCUCUUCAGAUCUGUUUGUCCAGAUUUACACGCUGGCUUCACACACUGCAUCAGGAGAGAGACGUGGUGUUCCUGAGAGAUAACACACACACCUCCACAGCAGGGAAACCCUGUGCAUUCCUCACCUGGUCAGAUUGGGAUCUCGGUGUGUGUUUGCAGUACGAGUGUAAACGCAAGCAGAUCAACAAACCUAAUGUUCUGAACAGCUGGAUUGACCUUCGAGCUACGUACAGGAUUUAUUACCAGCGCAAACCCAAAGGUCUUAACGGAGCCCUGCAGGACCUGGGCAUUGAGUUCUCCGGCCGAGAACACUCUGGUCUGGACGAUGCACGGAACACAGCUCGGUUGGCGUGGCGUAUGAUCAGAGACGGCUGCAUGAUGAAAAUAACAAAGUGUGUGAGCAGGGUACAGAUGAAGGUGUGUGUGAGAGGUGUGUGUAAAGAGAGGAAAGAGAAGCAGCUGAUGGACAUCAGCAACACACACACAGAGACAGUGUGUGACCCCGUGACCUCAUCACACAGUCUGGUACCCCAGGGCACUGUCCUGUCCUGUGUCACCACCACCCUCACACACACGUCACACCCACAAACCUCACACACAGGAACCACACACACCUCACACACAGGAACCACACACACGUCACACCCAGGCACCGCCCUCACACACACGUCACACUUAUCACACACAUCUCCCCUGUUACACACGUCACACCCGGACACGCUUGCGUCUGAUUGGUUGGAGGAGUUUGUGGUGACAGAUUUCGGAGAUUCCGGUUCCUAUGACGACGUGAUAUUAGAGGACACCUCUGAAAACCUGCCCCAUGACUCCGCCUCUCCUGAGUGUAAAACAAAGCCACGCCCUCUUCAUUCCAGCCCCCCUUCUUCUAUUAAAUACCCUAUCAGAUCUCUGACUGCCGGAAGAACCACUCCCCCAAUCCCAUUUUCCAUCUAUACUGACCAAUCACAUCACUCCCUUUCUUCUUCAGUGUUUUGUGUUCCUUCCUCUUAUCUGUCAUUAACAGUUAACCAAUCAGCUCGGCCGUCUGUCUCUGUCGACCAAUCAGCUUGUUUCUCCCUCCCUGUAGACCAGUCAAAGCUCUCCUCUGUCUCCCUCAACCAAUCAGCUCUCUCCUAUAUCUCUCUAAACCAAUCUGCUCGCUCAUCUUAUUCUAUCAACCAAAGCCACGCCUCUUUCUCUAUUAACCAAUCAUCACUCUCCUCCUCUAAACACUUGCCCCUCCCACCUCCAAAGGGCCAGACUAAGGUCAUGUCUGCUUUCCCCAACAAAUCAGCUCUCUUUUCCUCCCGCUCUCUCAACCAGUCAUGUCACACUACACUCUCUGCCAACCAAUCAGCUUCCUCCACUUCCUCCUCUAAGCGGUUGCCCCUCCCACCUCAAAAAGGUGGAGUAAAGAUCACGUCUCCUCUGUGUGAUUGUGGCCGAAGGUCCAGGAGGUUAAUGGUGUGUAACGGUGGGCCGAACCAUGGGCGGGGCUUCUACACCUGCACCAAGAGGCGGAGCUCCGCCCCCCUGCCUCAUAACCCCACACGACGAGACUCUGCCUCUCAUAAUAAUGGGUGUGGUUUCUUUAAGUGGGAGUCGGCUCUGAUAAAACACUCGGAACAGAACAAAAACACUGCAGCACUGAGCUUCUACCUGAGACCUUCAACGUCCAGAAACCUCCGAUAACCACCUCUAACUAUCUACCAGUCUCACUCUUCCAGUCUCACUCUCUCUACCCCAGUUUCUCUCUCUACCAGUCUCACUCUUCCAGUCUCUCUCGACCCCAGUCUCUCUCACUCUACCCCAAUCUCUCUCU